CUCUUCCACAAAACAAGCAGAAUCGCACCACCCGGUGGCCACCGUACCGGGGUACACUGGUCACCAUAGUAACGAAACGCCUGGAGUUGCUCGGUUGAUGAUACACACACACAGGUCGCUAGAUAACUUUACAUCGUAGCGAGUUAUUAUUUCGCUAAAUAUCUACAACUUCUUAUUCCCUCCGUGACACGGUUGUUUUUUGGUCAGAAAAUGAAUGCAGAGAUAGUUUCCUCACUUCUAACCCAAGAGGUGCCAGCAGGGACCACUUCUGUCGCAGCUGUUCCAGUGGAUCAUCUCGACUACGGCUACAUUGAGCUAUGCACUGAUGUGAAAUACUUGGGGAAGAUUCUGAGGGUGCUAAGGUCUGGAGAUGAGGGUAUCUAUCCCCAUCUGAUACAGUUCUGUGAGAGUCGUCUGGAGAGGUUGGACCCUACAAGUCGUGCCCUCAGAAAGGACAAUCCCCCGGCCACCGCCGCCUGCUUCUCUGGAGAUGAAUGGAGUCAGAUUGCUGACGAACUCAAGAAGUGGGAGAUAGAUGCCAAAAUGAGUGAAACUGAGCUGAAACAGCAAUCUUUAUUCCGUGAUCUUGAAACUGCGAAUGUGCCCCCAGUACGUGGAUCAAAUUGCUCACUUCCUCUCAAGCAGAAUGCAGUUUCAAAUGGACAGAAGAAAACUGCACGGACGAAGAAGGUUCUUCCUCGUAAUUAUAUAGAAUGGGACCAGUUUGAUGUCGACAAGGAGUGCGAUAAAAUUGAUGGAAAUUUAACAAAAAAGGAUCCUGCCGAAAUUGUAAACUCUAGACAUCCAAAAAUCAGGAGCAUAAUGGAUACAACAGCGUUGACUGAACAGGAGAAAGUCCUCGUUGCCAACCGCGAGAAGGAUAAAGGCAACGAGGCUUUCAAGGCCAACGACUACGAGGAAGCUGUGGUGUAUUAUACAAGGAGUCUGUCAGUGGUACCAACCGUAGCAGGCUACAACAACAGAGCCCAGUCAGAGAUCAAACUGCAACGCUGGCACAAUGCCCUCAACGACUGUCAGAAGGUACUGCAGAUGGAGCCAGGCAAUAUGAAAGCUCUCCUCCGCAGGGCCACAGUGCUGAAACAGUCCCUGGCUGACAGUGUUGUGUUUAAAGCUCUCCUCCGCAGGGCCACAGUGCUGAAACAGUCCCUGGCUGACAGAGUUGUGUUUAAAGCUCUCCUCCGCAGGGCCACAGUGCUGAAACAGUUCCUGGCUGACAGGGUUGUGUUUAAAGCUCUCCUCCGCAGGGCCACAGUGCUGAAACAGUCCCUGGCUGACAGUGUUGUGUUUAAAGCUCUCCUCCGCAGGGCCACAGUGCUGAAACAGUCCCUGGCUGACAGAGUUGUGUUUAAAGCUCUCCUCCGCAGGGCCACAGUGCUGAAACAGUCCCUGGCUGACAGUGUUGUGUUUAAAGCUCUCCUCCGCAGGGCCACAGUGCUGAAACAGUCCCUGGCUGACAGAGUUGUGUUUAAAGCUCUCCUCCGCAGGGCCACAGUGCUGAAACAGUCCCCGGCUGACAGUGUUGUGUUUAAAGCUCUCCUCCGCAGGGCCACAGUGCUGAAACAGCAGGGGAACUAUCAGAGGGCUGCUGAAGACCUGAGGAACGUCCUGCAGACCGAACCACAGAACAUCACUGCUACUAAACUUCUGGUUGAGGUGGAUAAGAAACUAAACCAGUGUCAACCGGAGAAGGAAGGUAAAAGCAAGAGGAUCCCGAUUCAGGAAGUGGAGGAGGAGGAUGAGAUACAGGAAGAGCAGAGAGCUUGUCCGGUUGAGCCUAGCGAGGCUGUGGGAGGGGAGAGUGCUGCUGCUGCUCCUGCCGAGAGGGGAGACAUGGGAAAUGCUCAGAAGAAGCCCCACGGCAGAGGAGGGGAAGGGGGCCCCAGCCCGCAUACAGACCACAAUUCACACGGAGGACACUGGAAAAACCGGGGAGGCAUUGCAGAGAAGUACAAGGUGACUCAACAGGAUUCGACGUCGGACAAGGGUCUGCGGAACGGAGCUCAGGGCUCUGGCAGGAGGGACUCUAAGGGAGCCGGGUCGGCUGGGGGAGACGGAAGCCACCUCGACGCCCCUUGUGGGGCCCUGCCCCCACCGCUGGCCCGGCUCAAGAACGAGGGAAACCUGUUCUUUAAGAAUGGACAGUUUGCUGAUGCGCUGGACAAAUACUCACAGGCCAUCACGGGCUUCACAGACUCAGGAUUGGACAGUCCUGAGGAUCUGGGUGUGCUCUACUCUAACAGAGCGGCCUGCUACCUGAAAGAUGGAAACAGCUCUGAGUGUAUACAGGACUGCACCAGGUCCUUGGAGCUGCAGCCCUUCUCCCUCAAGCCCCUCCUACGCAGAGCCAUGGCUUAUGAGACGAUGGAGCGGUACCGACAGGCCUACGUGGAUUACAAGACCGUGCUACAGAUAGAUAUCAGUGUGCAGGCUGCACACGACAGUGUUAACAGGAUCACGCGGUUACUGAUAGAGCAGGAUGGAGAGCAGUGGAGAGAGAAACUACCUGAGAUUCCUCUGGUCCCACUGUCAGCUCAGCAGCACCGCAGGGAGGAACCACCCAGCGCGGAGGUCCUACAGGCCAGAGCAGAGAAGGCCAAGCACCACGCAGCUCAAAAAGCAGAAGUCUGUUUCAAUUCACUGAAACAAGAAGGAAAUGAGUUUGUGAAGAAAGGCCAGUUCCAGGAGGCUCUGAGGACGUACAGUGAAUGUCUGAAACUGAAGCCGGAGGAAUGUCCCAUCUACACCAACAGAGCGCUGUGCUUCCUGAAGCUAGAUUUGUUUGCUGAAGCCAAGCAGGACUGUGACUCUGCCCUGAGGCUGGAGCCAGCCAAUAAGAAGGCCUUCUACAGACGGGCCAUGGCCAAUAAAGGCCUCAAGGACUACCUGGCCUGCAGCUCUGACCUGCAGGAGGUGUUACAGCAGGAUCCCAACGUAGCGGAGGCUGAGAAGGAGCUGGAGGAGGUCACCCUGCUGCUCAGACAGAGUCUGGCCCGGGGAUCACCUAGCAACCCCAGGAGGACUGUACCCAUCACUGAGGUUGAGGGGACUGAGGACGAAGACGGGCAGGCUGCUGAGCCAGACAGGACGAAAGCAGCAGAAUCAGAGACAACAUCCACGUCAACCCCAGGUCCACCAGAGAACCACUGUGGAGGAGGAGGACGAGGAGGAAGAGGAGGAGAGGAGGCAAUAACCAUCAACCUCCAGCCCUCAAACGCCUAUGAGUUCAACCAGUCCCUGAACGCAGCGCGGGCCCAGUCCAACCUCCCAGCCUGUGCUGAGCUGCUGAGCUGUGUCCCCCCUGAGACUCUGCCCGUCUACCUCAGUAAUCAGCUGGACGGACACACAGUCAGCUUCAUUAUGCAGGCCCUGGAAACACAGCUCCUACAGGAGGACCCUAACCUAGUCUACCAGCACCUCAACCAUCUACAUACUGCUGACAGGUUCUCGGUAGUCGUGAUGCUGCUCGAGACGAGUGAACAUGAUCAGGUGACUCGGCUGUUUGACCGUCUGUCUGCUGUGGACAGUGAUUCCUUCAGUAAGAACGAUGUGCAGAACCUGGCCAACAAGUACAUCUGACCUCUAACCUCUGACCCUGUCUGGCCUGCUGGAGCGCGUCCCAAACAGGCCCCUAUUACCUAGUGCACUAUGGAGGGAAUAAGGCACCCUUUGGGACGGUCGUAGGGCGCCUUCAACAUCGCAGCAGACUGCAAAUACGAGUCCAGACUGCAAAUCACCUUGCAUCAUAAAUAACUACUCAAUAUUAUUUUAUAGGUCAAGUCACAAUUUACCCAUGAUACAUCACGGUUUUGCUGUUCUCAAACACGGCCCUUCACUCUGGCCUGCGUGAAGCUUCCGACAUACUGGAUCUAUGCAACGUUACGCAACACGACGCCGAAGCUGCUGAACGUACUCAGAGCGUUACGGACCCAAACCGACCUGUUUCGUUCUCUCGGAUAUAGUAUCACAUCUCCACCUACCGUUACUAGGUAUUUCUCCUUCCAAAGACCUGUUUCGUUCUCUCAAGUUCUCUCGGAUAUAGUAUCACAUCUCCACCUACCCGUUACGAGGUAUUUCUCCUUCCAAAGACCCGGUUCGUUCUCUCAAGUUCUCUCGGAUAUAGUAUCACAUCUCCACCUACCCGUUACGAGGUAUUUCUCCUUCCAAAGACCUGUGUCUUUCUCUCAAGUUCUCUCGGAUAUAGUAUCACAUCUUCACCUACCCGUUACUAGGUAUUUCUCCUUCCAAAGACCUGUGUCUUUCUCUCAAGUUCUCUCGGAUAUAGUAUCACAUCUCCACCUACCCGUUACGAGGUAUUUCUCCUUCCAAAGACCUGUGUCUUUCUCUCAAGUUCUCUCGGAUAUAGUAUCACAUCUCCACCUACCCGUUACGAGGUAUUUCUCCUUCCAAAGACCUGUUUCUUUUAACCCGGAUCUGUUUUAGCGUUAGUUGACUGGCAGUACAUGUUGAAAUGCUGUGAAAUAUUUAGCUUUUAGAACGCUGAUGCAUAGGUCUAAUGUACAAGAUAUCUGCAAGCAUCCCCUUCUGGGUCCAUGUACUGCGGGCCAGGUCCCUUCUGGGUCCAUGUACUGCGGGCCAGGUCCCUUCUGGGUCCAUGUACUGCGGGCCAGGUCCCUUCUGGGUCCAUGUACUGCGGGCCAGGUCCCUUCUGGGUCCAUGUACUGCGGGCCAGGUCCCUUCUGGGUCCAUGUACUGCGGGCCAGGUCCAUUCUGGGUCCAUGUACUGCGGGCCAGGUCCCUUCUGGGUCCAUGUACUGCGGGCCAGGUCCCUUCUGGGUCCAUGUACUGCGGGCCAGGUCCCUUCUGGGUCCAUGUACUGCGGGCCAGGUCCAUUCUGGGUCCAUGUACUGCGGGCCAGGUCCAUUCUGGGUCCAUGUACUGCGGGCCAGGUCCCUUCUGGGUCCAUGUACUGCGGGCCAGGUCCCUUCUGGGUCCAUGUACUGCGGGCCAGGUCCCUUCUGGGUCCAUGUACUGCGGGCCAGGUCCCUUCUGGGUCCAUGUACUGCGGGCCAGGUCCCUUCUGGGUCCAUGUACUGCGGGCCAGGUCCCUUCUGGGUCCAUGUACUGCGGGCCAGGUCCCUUCUGGGUCCAUGUACUGCGGGCCAGGUCCCUUCUGGGUCCAUGUACUGCGGGCCAGGUCCCUUCUGGGUCCAUGUACUGCGGGCCAGGUCCCUUCUGGGUCCAUGUACUGCGGGCCAGGUCCCUUCUGGGUCCAUGUACUGCGGGCCAGGUCCCUUCUGGGUCCAUGUACUGCGGGACAGCCCUUCUGGGUCUAUGUACUGCGGGCCAGCCCUUCUGGGUCUAUGUACUGCGGGCCAGCCCUUCUGGGUCUAUGUACUGCGGGCCAGCCCUUCUGGGUCCAUGUAGUGCGGGCCAGCCCUUCUGGGUCCAUGUAGUGCGGGCCAGCCCUUCUGGGUCCAUGUACUGCGGGCCAGCCCUUCUGGGUCCAUGUAGUGCGGGCCAGCCCUUCUGGGUCCAUGUAGUGCGGGCCAGCCCUUCUGGGUCCAUGUACUGCGGGCCAGGUCCAUUCUCCAGGCUGCAGAACCAUUUCAAAUCAGAUAACCAUAACAAAUGUAUGACUACUUUUCCAGGCUGCUUGACUGGCCAAUAGGAGUUUGAUUUGUACCGGGUUAGAAAUCAAAUGUGGAAGGGACAAUGAAUGCCAAGCUCGAAACACAUAACGACUUGAAUUGACCGGGCUAGCGUUAGCCCCAGAGGCUAUUCAGAAAACAACAUUGUUGUAUUACAGCUUGUAUCAUCCUGAUAUUAAACUAGAUUAAUGCAUGCUGCAUAAUCACAAUAUUAACCGUAUAACAAUCCAAAAAGCACUAUUUCCUCUGGGGUUCAAGGAGUAUUUACCAUCCAUUCUCUGUCUAGAAAUACAAUGCUAGUUUUGGCAGUUGCCAGUUCUGUGUAUAACCUCACUUGUAUGAAAACAAUGAUGAAGCAACUUACAAUGUGCACAAUACUGAUAUGGGUAUUAUACGGUACUGCAAGUCAAGGUACAUGGAAAGUAAUUGUGUAAAAACAUUUAUCUUUUGAAGUUAUGAAAAUGCCCCAGUCAGCCAGCCAGUCAGUCAGCCAGCCAGCCAGCCAGCCAGCCGAGCACCCUUCCAUCUGCAGUAGUCAGCAGCCUAAUGCUCUGUAACAUGCAGCCAAAAUGCCCGUCAGCCAGUCAGUCAGCCAGCCAGCCAGCCGAGCACCCUUCCAUCUGCAGUAGUCAGCAGCCUAAUGCUCUGUAACAUGCAGCCAAAAUGCCCCAGCAUCAGUCAGCCAGCCAGUCAGCCAGCCAGCCAGCCAGCCAGUCAGCAGAGCACCCUUCCUUCAGCAGCCUAAUGCUCUGUAACAUACAGCCAAAAUGCCCGUCAGUCAGCCAGUCAGCCAGCCAGCCAGCCAGCCAGUCAGCCAGCCAGCUAGUCAGCCAGCAGUAUAAUGCUCUGUAACAUGCAGCCAAAAUGCCCGUCAGUCAGUCAGCCAGUCAGCCAGCCAAAAUGCCCCAGUCAGUCAGCCAGCCAGUCAGCCAGCCAGUCAGCCAGCCAGCCAGCCAGUCAGCCAGUCAGCCAGCCAGUCAGUCAGCAGAGCACCCUUCCUUCAGCAGUCUAAUGCUCUGUUACAGUCAUGCUCACAGUGGGGAGAAGAGAAGCAGCAUCUUUGUCAGAUGUGCUUUUGGAUCUACACUGUUCUGUUGUGUACCCAUUUCAGAGGUUCUGUUGUGUACCCAUUUCAGAGGUUCUGUUCUGUCGUGUACCCAUUUCAGAGGUUCUGCUGUGUACCCAUUUCAGAGGUUCUGUUGUGUACCCAUUUCAGAGGUUCUGUUGUGUACCCAUUUCAGAGGUUCUGUUGUGUACCCAUUUCAGAUGUUCUGUUCUGUUGUGUACCCAUUUCAGAGGUUCUGUUCUGUUGUGUACCCAUUUCAGAGGUUCUGUUGUGUACCCAUUUCAGAGGUUCUGCUGUGUACCCAUUUCAGAGGUUCUGUUGUGUACCCAUUUCAGAGGUUCUGUUGUGUACACAUUUCAGAUGUUCUGUUCUAUUGUGUACCCAUUUUAGAGGUUCUGUUCUAUUGUGUACCCAUUUCAGAGGUUCUGUUGUGUACCCAUUUCAGAGGUUCUGUUGUGUACCCAUUUCAGAGGUUCUGUUGUGUACCCAUUUCAGAUGUUCUGUUGUGUACCCAUUUCAGAGGUUCUGUUCUAUUGUGUACCCAUUUCAGAUGUUCUGUUGUGUACCCAUUUCAGAGGUUCUGUUCUAUUGUGUACCCAUUUCAGAGCUUCUGUUGGUUGCAGAAGAAAAUAGUAUAUUUAAAAACAUUUAAAAUGACUUGUCAAAAUGUUAUAGUGUGUUCUUUCUUUCUUUGUCAACCUCAAAAGUAAUCUAAAUAAAUGAAUGUACCAUGUUGAAUUCAGGGAGACGAGCGGAGAGGCAGCUGUUUGUAGCCUAAAGCGAUAGCUGCAUGGUCAGCGGGCUAGAGGCCAUGGUCAGCGGGCUAGAGGCCAUGGUCAGCGUGCUAGAGGCCAUGGUCAGCGGGCUAGAGGCCAUGGUCAGCGGGCUAGAGGCCAUGGUCAGCGGGCUAGAGGCCAUGGUCAGCGGGCUAGAGGCCAUGGUCAGCGUGCUAGAGGCCAUGGUCAGCGGGCUAGAGGCCAUGGUCAGCGGGCUAGAGGCCAUGGUCAGCGGGCUAGAGGCCAUGGUCAGCGGGCUAGAGGCCAUGGUCAGCGGGCUAGAGGCCAUGGUCAGCGGGCUAGCGGCUCAGGGAGGGAGACGCUUGGUUUAACCAUUCUAUAGCGAUAGCUGCAUGGUCAGCGGGCUAGCGGCUCAGGGAGGGAGACGCUUGGUUUAACCAUUCUAUAGCAAUAGCUGCAUGGUCAGCGGGCUAGAGGCUCAGUGAGGGAGAUGCUUGGUUUAACCAGUCUAUAGCAAUAGCUGCAUGGUCAGCGGGCUAGAGGCCAUGGUCAGCGGGCUAGAGGCCAUGGUCAGCGGGCUAGAGGCCAUGGUCAGCGGGCUAGAGGCCAUGGUCAGCGGGCUAGCGGCUCAGUGAGGGAGACGCUUGGUUUAACCAUUCUAUAGCAAUAGCUGCAUAGUCAGCGGGCUAGAGGCUCAGUGAGGGAGAUGCUUGGUUUAACCAGUCUAUAGCAAUAGCUGCAUGGUCAGCGGGCUAGAGGCCAUGGUCAGCGGGCUAGAGGCCAUGGUCAGCGGGCUAGAGGCCAUGGUCAGCGGGCUAGAGGCCAUGGUCAGCGGGCUAGAGGCCAUGGUCAGCGGGCUAGCGGCUCAGGGAGGGAGACGCUUGGUUUAACCAUUCUAUAGCGAUAGCUGCAUGGUCAGCGGGCUAGCGGCUCAGUGAGGGAGACGCUUGGUUUAACCAUUCUAUUCUGCUAAAUAUGUAAAAACGUGUUAUAAGUCAAAAAUGUAAAUGGUUCUUUAACAAUAAAACUGGGAUAAAUACUUUAUACAGGAUUAUUUCUCUGAUACAAAUCGCAAUGAUUGUGAAUUUAUUAAUGUCAUGAAAAACUGAAUAAAACUGAACACCAAUUGUC